CCUGAAGGCUGCUCCUGUGUUACAGGACACCAGUAACGUGCUGGACCUGAAGGCUGCUCCUGUGUUACAGGACUGCAUUAGCGUUAAGGUAGCUGGAGAUAGCAAUUAUGUAUACCCUACUGACGUAACGGUGUUGCUGGUGAAUGGUACAGACACAGUGGUUGUAACAGACAACCACAACAGGGUGAAGUCCUUCUACACCAGGAACAAACAGCGACAUCACAGCAAGCUCCAACUGGGAGAUUCACCGUGGAGUAUAACAAGGCUGAAACACAACCAGGUGGCUGUCACUGUGAUGCAUAACAGGCAGAUUGUAACUGUUGAAGUGAACCCUGACCUGGUGCUGCUGUCGACCAUCAAGACCAGCAAAGAGUACCGAGGUAUAACGUCUAUGACACCAUCAACACUAGCAGCAGGUUCUUAUGUUGAUAAAUGUGUUGAUAUUCUGGACAUGAGAGGAAACGUCCUAAAGUCAAUUAAACCUAUAGAUAGUGGAAAGGAAAUCAUACAUUCUCCUGGCUUUCUUUGUACAACAGGAACAGGAAACAUCCUUGUGUCGGAUGGCAGUUCCGGGCGUGUCCUGUGCCUGACAGCUGAAGGGGACGUUGUGUUUACCUUCCGUACAACAGGACACACAACACUGGAAAGUCCACGUGGUAUCACAAGUACCAGCACAGGUGACAUCCUGGCUACUGACUACUUCCGAAAUACUGUUGUUCACCUUACUGAGUCAGGACAGUUUGUCAGAAACAUACUCACUAAAGAUGAUGGCGUCUUGGCCCCGCUUGGAGUUUGUGUAGAUGGACACGGCCGUGUUUAUGUUUCUUAUUACAGUUCAGAUGAAAUCAAAGUAUUCAGUUUCAGUAACACAGUAUAAACCUUUGAUUCUUUCUCAAGUGAUCAUUGUAUUUGUAAAUAUUACAAUUAACUACAUUUACAACGACCUCCUGACUGCAGAUUGAUUGACCUGAUGUUGACAAAUCAUCACAUUUAAUAUACAGUGUGACUGAGUAUAUCUAAUAUAUAGUGUGAAUGAGUAUUUCUGACCGUAUGGUUUGAAUGAAUAUAUCUCAUGUAUGGCGUAACUAAGUAUAUCUGGUAUACUGUGUGACUGAGUAUGUAUAAAAAACAGUGUGUCUGAGUAUAUCUAAUGUACAGUGUGACUGAGUAUA